AAAGGCCAGCGAUGCAUGCUCUAUCGAAGGCUCUAUCUUGGAGGAGAAAGGGUCCCUUUUCAUAACCUCCAAGAAGUGUCGCGCAGACCUGUUGCUCCUGCAUCUCACCUUCUCAACGCGGACAAUGCCGCGCAAACUCCCGUGGCUCACCCAGAGCACAGCGAAGGCAAAGCAAGCAGCGAGCUCUUCUGAAGGGCCAAAGGCUGCAAGGCCCGCGAAGAGGCAACGACUGGUUACGCCAGAGUUUGAUGAAUAUGAGGAAAAUGAGUUCAUCAGGGCUGACGCGUCAAACGUGAGGAAAGGAAAAGAAAGAGCAGAACGUGCAAUGUCGUCUUCUCCCAUCCGCUCAUCAGCUGAAGAGGGGCCGCCGCCAAAAGAAUAUAUGAAAGAAGGCAUCGGUGCUGACGACGACUGGAUGAUGGUAGAGGAUGAGUUCUUAGCAACCGCAACUCUGUUCACUAAACAUCUUCAUCAAGCCGAGUAUGCGCGGUUGAGGAAACUUCAUGUGGAGACCAAACCCACUGCGGGUGGCAUGCCAACUCUACAGAAUGGAAAGAUGCCAGCCGAAACAAAGAAUCGCCUUAGCGCCGAAGCGAAAGCCACAGCUCAAUGGAAUUUGAUACAGAAGUCUUUUGGUUACGAAGAAGGCGAACACCCGUCUUCACCAGAACGAUCGAACUUGCGAGGCCUCACUAAAGGGCCUCCUCCCUCGGCCGUUCUGAGUGCGAAUCCGAGACAACCGAAACCAAAACCACGACGAGAUUCAUCUCCUCCGCAGCGGAGAAGAGAGACAACUACUACGAGCGCACGGCAAUCUAAUCGCAGCAUCCUGGCUGGAGCGGCUAAGGAACUCAAUGGUAUCUCUGCAUCAGAUGACAGCGAUGAUCUCGACGCUCCAGCAAGACCACGACAAUCAGCGAAACCGGCUAUGUCCCGGGCCCAAAAAUGCUUUGGCGGCCCAAAUACCAGCAAAUCUCUUCCAUUAUCGCCACCUCAACGUCCACCAGAUCCACAGCCAUUAACCUCAAGGAAGCCACUACCAUCGUCUGCCACGUCUAAACCGAUAUCAUCAUCGCGCCUAUCCACCUCAGAUUUCCUGGAUGAUUUCAAACCGCGUAAGAGUCAAAAGUCUACAGGGUCUUUGGUCAUCACCCAGCAUCCAGAACCACCAGACGAUCUCAUGUCUCGUAUUGCAAAGCGGAGGGCAGAAAGAGCGAGAAAGCAGGCAGACGAGAAGAAGAAGAGUGUUUUGCUUGAAGAGAUACCCACAUUCCUAGUUUGAUCUAUCUGACAAGAUUUCCUUUCCUCAUGAUACCCCUUGGAUGUAUAUGCGACUAUUUUCCAUGCCCAUUUCCAACCAACUUUCCAUAACUUUGCUCUCCGAGCCCUUCAGUUCCUCACUUAUAGAACUUCGAACUCUAUCAUUACCAACCAUGUCUUUAGGCACUAAAUUCCAUUAGCAUG